ACUUCCUGGUCUGAUCACACACUAAGAAGUAACUGGGGUAGGAAGCAGCAGAGGAGAGGGAAAAGAGUGGCUGAAGCCAGCCUGGGGGCCAGCAAAUCUUCAGGGAUCUGGGCAUCAAGGCUCCCCACGCCCCACCUGCAGAAAGAGUUUUGCCAAGGCAGAGCGCGUGCCAGGAGAGGAACCCCCGGCUCCACCUCCUCCUCCCCCAGCCUGCAGAGAGGGCAGGCUCCGGCAGCUGUGCAGAGGGGGGGGGGCGUCUGUGCCUCCAUGACUGCACAGCCUGCCUGGAGUUUGUGUCUCAGCUGAUGAGAAGCUGGAGCAGCAGGAAGGGAAGCGAAGCAGCCUGGCCCAGCCCAGGCUUGGUAGGGCAGAGAAAGGCACCGUGGGAAGAUCAUGAGAGAGACCCACGGCUGGUACUGCCUACCAGGGAAAGUUACGGACUGACUCAGAGCACCCCUUCCUGACUGAGACCUCCUGGGGCUCCGGAUUACAGCAACCCAAGGGACUAGGGAGGGGGCCCCCAGCCGGGCAGAGUCAGACACAGCCAUGGCUGUAUCAUAAACUGUUCCACGUGGGCUUUGGUUGCUGUUAUUAAAAGGAAAGAGGAAUCACCCGGCCCACUUUGGGACUGCACCGCUGCAGACUGCGCCGUGCCAGAAGCCAGGGCACAAAGAGCCUGGGCUCCGGAAUACGAGACUGGUGCAAGUAACCAACGUGCGGAGGAUUUUGCACGCUGAGUGGCCUGGCAAGCAAAGGACGGGGAGCCAGCAAUUUCUAACCUGUAACCCCAGCUGUGUAACCAAAGCACUCCAAGGCCUUGCACACCGGCUACGUAUGGACACGUGACCUACCUCACAGGGUUGUCACGAGGACUAGCUCACAUUUGUGAAGGGUGCUGAUGAAAAGCACUAGGUAAGUGCUGAGACUCUUUAGAGGAGGAAGAAAAGCUUUAAAAAGACUGCCAUUCCAGCCUGCAUAGGUUUGGUUAUUGCAGCAACUUCAGUUCACACAGGUUUGGACCCUCCAAGUUUUGGUUUCACUCAAAUCCAAAACUCGAGACACAACUAAGAGACUUUUGCUCAGCUUUGCUGCAUCACCUAUGGGCGAGAGGGGACAAGUGGAUGGAACUGAACAGGGACUCCGCUACUAAGGAGACAACGGUCACAUAAGACUGAAUCACUCCCUCUCUCUAUUGGAGGAAUAAGGGGAGAAGAGAAGGUCCCAGAGUGAACUGGACGAAUUUGAUGGAUGUGUUUCUUUGAGGCAUUCUGAGGGUUAAGAGGUUUCACACUUGGGGUGCAGGGGUUUUAGAGCAUUGGUCGCACUUUGCACUUCUAUGUGUACUGAACUUCUCGAGAGGGGAUGAAGCAGGAAGAGGAGGAGGUGGUUGUGAGGAUAGAGGAGGAAGAGGGUGGUAACACAGGAGCGCGGAGAGGUGCAGUGCCUGCCCACACACACCAUGGCAGGGGAGUGAGAUUUUCUGAGGUGUGGGAGUACUUCCACAUUGCCCCGCCCCGGACUGGUCACCACCCCAGCCAAUAUGCUGCCUGCAGGCUCUGUGGCCGACAGGUCAGCCGUGGUCCAGGGCUGAACGUUGGGACCACCGCUCUGUGGAAACACCUGAGGAGCAUGCACAGAGAGGAGCUGGAGAAGAGUGGGCACAGGCAGGUCAACCAAUGCCCAGUGGCGCACUUGCCUGUGGUACAGCACCAGCCAGUCGCAGAGGGGGAAUGGGCUCACCUCAUGGAGCAGAUGGGGGCGCUGGCUCUGCGUGCCAGCCAGCGGGAGAGGGAAGUGGAGAAGAGGGAGAAGGCCGUGGAACGCAGGGCAAGGGCUGUGGAGCGGCGCGAGAGGGCCGUGGAGCGGCGCGAGAGGGCCGUGGAACAGGGGGAGAGGUCUCUGACAGAGAGGAUGCUGAAGAUGAAGGCUGAGGAGGUUCAGGUGCGGCUGAAAGGCACAUGCGAGAGGGAAAGUGCCCUGGCCUCAGUUGCUGCUCUCCCCAUGCAUUUUGUGUAGGAAUACUUGGGCUUUAGGCCCAUGUUGUGAGACUCAGAGCAACACCUAGGCAGGUGACUGAAGCAACAUUUUAAGACCUGGUGUGAACUGUCUGGACUGUGUUCUAGGCCUCUGACCUGCGAAAUAGAACCACCAAUCUCCCUGAUUCCCUUCAGCCUCUGACAGCCUCCUUCUGAAACAAAAGGCACGGAUCUUGCAUGUUCAAAGCUGGGACAAACGAUUAUAUGGCUCCUGGUUUCUGACACUGGGGAAUACAGAGCUCCACCAGGCACAAGCAGUCUCAACAAGACCCCCGCACAAGCAAUGCUGUGGGUAGACUCAGCCAGUCAUGGCCCUAGCAGGCUGACGAUGUGGUCAGUCAAACCUUUGGUUAGGAAACCAGUUCGAAUCCAAACCGAAGUCUCAAAAGACAUCUGCCUAUG